UGCCAAGUGAAUUAAAUCGAUUUCUUUCUUUGUUGCUCCUCUGUCGUCCUCGUACUCAACACGAGCAGCUUGAAUGCGCUUUCUGAAAGUCAUUUUCUUCUGACUUCUUCGUCUUUGCUGCAACAACACCACAGCCAAGGCCCUCCGAACAACCCUCUCCCUCCCUCCAACACGCAUCAACCCGUCCUCAGAACGUAAUAACCGCAACAGUACCAACUCGUCCCUCGCCUGCAGUCAACCCCCCCUAGAACACUCCAACCGUCAUCUACCAAGUAUCGGUACUUGUAGAUACUCGCAUCUUCACCACCACCACACGUUCCCAACCGUCACAAUUAGUGGCGUCUCCAAUACGCCGCAUGCAUCGCUACCGCCCCUAUUCGUCAGCGUCCAAGGCCACACCGACCACCCGUUGCCAGAAAUGCCUGAAGCUUGGCCACUAUAGUUACGAAUGCAAAUCUGUCGCGCAGGAGCGGCCUUACAUUUCACGACCGUCACGGACCCAGCAACUCUUCAAUCCAAAGCUGCAGACGAAAUUGACCGAGGCCGCGCCGCCCAACGAAGUCUCGCUGACCACCAAGAAGGGUGUCGCCGACAGCAUACUGAAGCAGAAGGAGGAGGAGCGGGAACGGGAAGGCCGCAGUCGCAAGCGGAGAAGAGACGGCUCGGCUUCACCACCACCAGGCACUCGCCCCCGCGAUCGCUCCUCGUCUGUGAGCUCGUACUCGUCGUACUCGAGUAUAUCUUCGGGCCGAUCGCCGUCGCCACCUGCCCGCUCCCGAGCCGGCAACAAUGGACGCGAAGACCGACGCAGGUCCGACAGCUACUCCCGCAGCCCAGACCAUGAACGCUCUGUGCGCCGGAAGUUCCGUGACUCACCCAGCCCGGGAAUGAGGGGUCGCCGAUUGAGUCCUACGGAUAGCGUACGGAGGACCAGGAGUGCGUCUAGGCCCCGGAGAGUCAAGGCUACGCCGACAAAGAAGGAUGGGAGCGCAAACGGAGGGGCGACCCGGCGAGAUCCCAGCCCGCGACCACUACCGCCAGCACCAGUACAACAAGCACCACGGGGAAGGAGUCCCAGUCCGUUCACCCGCCGCCGACUGAUGACGGAAGCAAUGCAGAGAGGGGUAUAGGCCUUAGUCAGCUGUGGCUUUGGUGGGUUCUGUAGUCUUUUUCCUUUGAAUGCGUGGGGUUGCGUCUCAGAAGCCUCGCCACUAUAUAAAUUGCUCUUCUGCUCUAAAUCGGAGAAUGGAGUUUGUUGUAUCACUACUUCUGUAAGUUUGCUUGCGUUUUCAUUUGUUGCGGGCCGUUUUCGCGAAAAGUGUAGUAAAGC